UGCAGAAGGAAAUUUGUGAAGAUGCAUGCAUAUUGGGGUUGAGCAUUGAUUUUGGACAGCUGCAGAAUAUCCAAAGCAUCUGCUGCAAGAAGUUUCCUUCUGAUGGUUCAAAAAAUGAUUGAACCUAAAACCAAAGACUUGGGGCUGUCCAAUGCAGAAAGUAGCUUGCCCCCAUCUGAUAAGCAACAGCUACCAUUAAAGAAGACAGCACUGAGAGACUUGCAUAAUGAUAACAUACUCAGACCAAAACCUGUGGGGAUCUCUCAUUUGCUAAAGGAUAGAGGGCCUACUAUGGCUGCUGUUAAGGUUUCUGGAAUCAAGAGACCUGCACCUGAAUGCCCCACAAGCCCUCAUGGUCAUCAGUCUCCAAUCAAUAAUGCAAAUGGACAUAUUGUUUACAUCCGAAGAAAAUCUGAAUCAGAAGUAGGAAAGAGCAGCACUUGUGAAAUCAUGGAAAGUGGUGCUGAUUGUCCACCACUUGGGCAGUUUAGCCACAGGGAACAAGGAACUUACCGGCAACAAAUACAGAUGGAUUCUAAGAUUUUUCCUUCUCCCGCAUUUGCACCCCUUCCAGUGGCUCCUCAUAUGAUUUUUUCAUCUGGGGGACCUACAGUUCCUCUUUCUCAAGGGGAAAUUGGUAAUGGGCUAUCACCAGCAGAACCAAAUUAUCCUGCGGUUUCUGCUGCAGUCCCAUUUCUAGUUAGUCCUCAGGCAAGUAAUCAAAAUUGGAGAGAACGGUUCCUCAGGUUGGAAACAUUUUUAAGGAACUGUGACCAUUCAAGUCGGGAGGAAUACAUCCAGAUGCUUCGAUCCUUAUCCGCAGCUGGUCGUAGCAAACAGGCUGUUGAGAUAGAGAAAAAGGCAAUACAGCUUUUGCUGGAAGAAGGGCGAGAGUUGCAUCGAAUGAAGGUUCUUAAUGUAUUUGGGAAAUCUUCACAAAAUAGCAGCAUAUCACCCUCUACUCAAUCAGUGCAAGCAGAGAAAUGAGAAGAUGCCACAAACAACAGUGGCAAUGUAUGCUUCAGUAAUGACAAAGGAAUGGCUUCCAAUUAUUUCCUUUGGUAGAAGUUCAACAUCAGUAGUUCGUGUUUUUCAAAGCCGUGUUGGAUUCUUCCGUGAGCUUCUCAAAUUCUCCAUAAGUUUGUGGUUCUGAUGCACCA